UGUUGAUUCUUAGAACUGGGGGUUCUUAGAAGUGGUGAUGCAAGGAUUUUCUAGGAAAGCCCUACCAGUAGUCAAAGAAGAGUUUGGAUUUUGAAUUGAAACUUUGGGAUAGGGGCAACAAUGACAUCUGCAACUGACAGCUGCAUCCAGUUCACACGGCACGCUAAUGAUGUCCUCUUGAAUCUUAAUCGUCUUCGAAGUAGAGACAUCCUGACAGAUGUGAUCAUCGUUGUAAAUCGGGAACACUUUCGAGCUCACAAGACGGUCCUGAUGGCUUGCAGUGGGUUAUUCUAUGCCAUCUUCACCGACCAGAUGAAGUGCAACAUGAACAUCAUCAACCUUGAUCCGGAAAUCAGUGCAGAGGGCUUUAGGGUCCUUUUGGAUUUCAUGUACACUUCUCGACUUAGCUUAAGAGACAGCAGCAUUAUGGCAGUCAUGAGCACUGCACUUUACCUACAGAUGGAGCAUGUCGUGGAUACCUGUCAGAGGUUCCUCAAGUCCAGUGAAGAUAUUGUGAGUUCUGUGAAACCAUCUAGAGGAGAAGAUUUUCUACAAGGCAGGUCAAUGUUGCCUCCUGAUGUUAUGGCCUACAGAAACUGUGAGAUAUCAGAAAAUACUGUACCUCUUCGUAAUACAGCUAUCUGUGAUGGAAGGUCCUAUAUACCCAAUUUAUACAAUGGCUCUCCAUCCUCAUACCCUCUGUAUGGUCACAUACCAGUCCAUGGGUUUCUGUUUCCCAGAGGAGAGGUAAGAGAUGUUCAGAUGGCUGACAUCCAAAGAUCAAAUAGAUAUCCUAAGGAAAGUGUGUUACCUGGUGAAAAUUCAAGGACUGUGCUAGGAGAUUACAGGAAAGCAGUCACAGACUUGUCUGUCAAUGUGUGCCACACCAACAUCUACUCUCCUAAGGAGGCUUCAUUGGAAGACCCCCGUAGUGACUCUCAAUACAAUGUGCUUGCAAUCUCCCGGUCUGCUGGUCCAUCCAUAAGAAGCAGCCCAUUCUAUAAUUGUGACAAAGGGAAAGAGGAGGAAAGAACAUCCUCAGAGGAUGAAAUAGCGCACUUUAAACCUACAAACUCUCCAGUAAACCGCAAAGGUCUUGUUAGCCCUCAAAGUCCACAGAAGUCAGACUGCCAACCUAACUCUCCAACAGAGUCCAGCAGCAGUAAAAAUGCUCGAAUUUCACAAGGAUCCAGCUCUCCUAUGUCAAAAUCUACAGACCCAAAAGCUUGUAACUGGAAAAAGUAAUUGCUGAAUUCUCUGAACCAGAGUGACAAGGAAGCGUGCGCCAACCAAAGUGAAAUGGUCAACCUGUCUCCACCAUUUUACACUUCUCAGACAUGUCAACAGCAAGUUAAAUCAGAAAAUAUGGACAUACAAACGUCAUCUAAACUUAAUGUGAGCCCUGAAGACACAGCCAUUCACCAGGCUAGCAAGCUGAACAGCCUGGUAAACAGGAGUAUGGAGGGGUCACCUUUGAGCAGUGAAGGACAUUCGCCUCUUUACAUCCAUACACCCAAGUUCAACAUGUUUUCUUCACAAUCCCCUCCAGAAUUGUGUCCACACACCCCGGGUUCAAACUUUGGAGAAGAGAUAGUUGAGACCCAGUCAGAGUUUUCAGACUCAAGCUGUGAAAAUGGCACUUUCUUUUGUAAUGAAUGUGACUCUCGUUUCUCUGAAGAGGGCUCUUUGAAAAGACACACUCUGCAGAUGCACAGCGAUAAGCCCUAUAAGUGUGACCGCUGUCAAGCUUCAUUCCGCUACAAAGGAAACCUUGCCAGCCAUAAGACCGUGCACACCGGUGAAAAACCAUAUCGGUGUAGUAUUUGUGGCGCACAAUUCAAUCGACCUGCAAACCUAAAGACCCAUACAAGAAUUCAUUCUGGAGAAAAGCCGUAUAAGUGUGAGACAUGUGGUGCCCGCUUUGUACAGGUUGCUCAUCUCCGUGCGCAUGUAUUAAUACAUACUGGAGAAAAACCGUACCCAUGCGAGAUCUGUGGAACCAGGUUCAGACACUUGCAGACAUUAAAGAGCCACCUGCGCAUUCACACUGGAGAGAAACCCUAUCAUUGCGAAAAAUGCAAUCUCCAUUUUCGUCACAAGAGCCAACUGCGACUUCAUCUGCGUCAAAAGCAUGGUGCAAUCACCAACACAAAAGUCCAGUACCGUGUGUCUCAAGCAGAGCUCCCCGCUGAUCUCCCAAAAUCAUGCUGAACUUUGCCCAGUGAUACUGGAGUGCCUCUAUUUGACCUUUUAAGCGCAUAUGGGCAAAACAAAACGGGUUUAGCUUUUUUUUUUUGUUCCUGGUCAUGUGAAAUGUGCGCCCUUAAUUGUAAAUAUAUAUACAUUUUUUUUUUCUAAAUCUGUGUGGCAUAGUGACCAUGCGCUCUUUAUUAUUUCAACGUUGUAAUUCUCAGCCUGAGAGAAUCAAAAUUUUGAGGAAAAGACUGAAUGAACAGUUUAAUUGGGCAUGCAAAGCCUGUUGCACCUUGCUGUGUGGACCCAGCCAACAAUGCACUGGCACUCCCACGUGGAGUGAAAUAUAGCUUUUGAAGCACCAGCUGUGUAAGAAUGCUAGUAUGUUUAGUUUGGGAGUGAGUUCCUAAUAAUAACAUUGAAGGUUAGCAUAUGUUAAGAAUCCAGUUUUAGACCCACCAUACUUUGGUAGGUAGUUCAUCAGCCUGGGAUGCACAUGUCCCUUGAGAUUUUCCGGUUUGUAUGUCUGCGGUAAGGCAUUAUGGCAGUUAUUAUUUUCCCUUGUUAAUAUUUGCCAAGAUGCCCCAUGGGAAGCACCUUUCUUCUAUUUUAAGAUUUUCUCUUUGGUGGCUAACAGUGUCUAGCUUAGUAGAAGGAUAUUAUCAACAGCCAUGUUUUAGUGACUGUAAAAAAAAGCCAGGUACAAAAUGGGGGAAUCCACAAUCUGUUGGGAAGUCAAAUAAUUUACCAAUCCUCUUACCAAUCUUUCCAAACUAGCAUGCCAUCUGGCAUUCUUUGGAUGCAGCAAAACACAAGCACUUGAAAAAAGCACCUUGCCACCUCUAGUUUCUAUAUUAGUACUUGUGACCUUAAUAAUAAUCUAUAUUUGGCACCUUAUAAAAUACAUUAGGAUAUAGUUACAUAUAUAUAUAUAUGUAUAAAUGCACCCUACGAAGGGGUUGUAUUCAAAGUGGUCAGUGUUUAGCCAUGUACAUAAGAGGGACUGAAUGAAUUAGUGUCAGUGCCAGGUGCUAGAUGUUUGACAUACUUAUGUGAGGGACACUUAAGUCUAUGUAAAUCUCUUGGCUGCUACAGGACCUAGCAAUGCACCAAGCUGUGGUCAAACGCAAGACUGUCAUGGUAGAAUCAACUGACUGUUGUUCUUCGAAUGGGAAAUGAUAAACUGCUCCAUUCUGGGUAGAGUUCAGCCCUAGCCCGCCUUAGUCCCCUUCUUUACAGAGCAAUAAGGCAUUCUUGAGUCAUUUGGCCAGUGGUAGCCUUGCUUUUAAGAUUAGGCUGAUAUGACCCUAAAAGGUACCUUUUUUGCUACAGCUGCAAUAUUAUACCAGCACUAGAAGGCACCUCAUUCAGAUAUUUUUCUAGUCGCUAGUCUUGCACCCUUGAAAAAUUUAAAAAGUAUUUAAUUUUAUGGUAUGCAAACUGUGCACUCUAAAGGCGAAAAAUAGAACAAAGAAUUUAUUGUGUUUGCUUUUUAAGAGAGGGCUUUAACUUUUGUUAUAGUUUUAACCAAAGGAAAAGGAAUUUAUGUCAGAGUUAUAAAAAAAAAAUAUAUAUAUAUAUAUAUAUAUAUAUAUAUAUAUAGAAAUAAAACUAUACCUAUAUUAUGAAGAGUAAAAAAAAAAAGUUUAAAAAAAAAAAGCGCUAUAAAGAAAUUCUGAAAUACGGCAUACAUUUAGAUUGUAUCUGCGGGCAGAAUCCAAUCUGAAAUUUGUUUUAUUGUGAUAGAG